ACCGCGCGUGUGGGAUAUAUUUAAAAAAAAAAAACUUUGGAGCGCCUCCCUGAACAUUAAAAAAGCCACCGGGCGGGCAGCAGCGGACACCUUUGGCGAACCGGGCAGCGCAGGCGGCGGCCGCUGCUGCUGCUGCUGCUGCUUGCAGAGCGAGAGAUCCUCGCCUUCCCUCCUGGCCUGCCUGCCUGCCGCUGCUUUCCCACGACCGAUCGAUCACCCGGGUUGGCUCUCUCUCUCUCUCUCCUUCCUCCCGUUUUACGGAUCUUUUGCCGGCGCUUCCAGAGCUCCCGUCUUGUCCGGAGCGAGGAUACCCCCCUCUCCCCUUCGAUUUCAUUUCUGCCGAGAGGACAUUUCGGAUUGUCGAUUAUUCCAAGUUUCUUAAGAUUCCUGUUUUGUUGGGAUUCGGGAUCGGUCUGACGGCAUCGGUGAAUCGAAUGGACCACCAACCCACCCCCAGGAGCUGCAGCCGGGGACCCCCAGCCUGCGACACUGUCCAGAGUGAUCCUCCUAUGAAUGUUUUCAUUCACACGACCACCGGGGCCCGGUAUGAGCUCGCUGUCCCCGUGGAAGAGACGGUGGAAGGUCUGAAGCGGAGGCUGUCUCAGAGGCUGAAAGUCCCCAAGGAGCGGCUGGCGCUCUUACAUAAAGAAAGUCGUCUGAAUUCAGGCAAGCUGCAAGAUUUGGGAGUUGGGGAAGGGAGCAAGCUGACUCUGGUACCCACGGUGGAAGCUGGCUUGAUGUCUCAAGCAUCUAGGCCAGAACAGUCGGUGAUGCAAGCAUUAGAAAGUUUAACUGAAACUCAGGUAAACGACUUCCUGUCCGGGAGGUCCCCCCUGACCCUUGCCCUGCGGGUGGGCGACCACAUGAUGUUUGUCCAGCUGCAGCUGGCAGCUCAGCAAAACAGCGGGCAGCUCCAGCACCGCCACGUGAUUGCCGGCCGCGGAGAACAAGCUGGAGGCGCCACAGCCCCCACGCCGGCGCCGCCGGCCGGACCAGCUGCCUCCAGUUGCCGCACCCUGCCUGGGAGCACUCCCGCCUCCUCCCCUACUUUUGCCCGGCUCCCUACGGCGCCCGCUUGCCCGCCAAGCCCCGUGCCCAGUCCUGCUGCUUCUCCGUCGCCAAUGCAGACUAUGCCUCUCUACUGUACCACCGCUAACCCGACCCCCGUCACGGCAGGGAUGUUCCACUCCCAUGGGACCAGCGCACAGACGGUCAACGGAGGCGGGAGUGGCAGCGUCGUGUCUUCGUGUUCAGAGGUAGACUGCGCCUCAAGAAGUAAAAGUUCGCCCAGCAGCAGCCCUUCUCAGGCCUCUCGGACCCGGAAACACGGCGCCGUGAUAGAAAGCUUUGUUAACCACGCCCCUGGGGUUUUUUCGGGAACGUUUUCUGGCACUUUGCACCCCAACUGCCAAGACAGCAGCGGCCGGCCGCGUCGAGACAUCGGCACCAUCCUGCAGAUCCUCAAUGACCUCCUGAGUGCCACGCGGCACUACCAGGGCAUGCCCCAGUCGCUGACGCAGCUGCGGUGCCAGACGCAGUGCUCCUUGUCUACCCCUUCCCUGGAUCUCAACAACCACACUACCUCAGAAAGAACGGCAGCUGCUGCUAACCAGCCCUUGCACUUGGGGGUCCAGUGCCCGAGCCAAGCAGCCACCUGCAAGCCCACCGGCGACCGCUUGCGGCAGACGGAGAACCGCGCCACCCGUUGCAAAGUGGAACGCCUGCAGCUUUUGAUGCAGCAAAAAAGGCUGCGCCGGAAGGCGAGGCGGGACGCCCGAGCCCCUUACCACUGGCUGCCCAAUCGAAAAUCUGGCCGCAACAGCAGCGUUUCCAGCGAAGGCAGCCUUGAUCUGGACUUCGAAGAUUCGGUUUGGAAACCCGAAGUCAAAGCGGACAUGAAAUCCGAAUUUGUCGUAGCAUAAAAAAUAAUAAACCUUGGGUAGGGGGAAUGGCAUCUUUUGGGGUGGGCAGGGUGGGGCCAAGGGAGUGUUGGAAAAAAAAAGAAUCGAAAGACCAUUUAGUAGUAAUAAUAAUAAUUAUAAUAAUACAUUUUUUGGUCCGUGAAGCAAAGUUUUUGGGUGCUUGAGUCUUAACACAAGACUGGAUUGGUGUGGAUUGCGUUGAGCGGACCUCGUCUUCAGCUGCACCGAAAUGGAUCAGCCCAGCCUUGGAACCGUAUUUUCUAUUUUCAAAACACACAAAAAAAAACUGUUCUGCUUUUAUUUUAAGAACUGAAACAGCUUGGGGGGGCAAAGCAGGCGAGCGAGAGACAAUUUGGAAAGCAAGACGGCAAACACACUUCUUGGGGUGGGCUUAACUUUGAUUUCGGAGAGAAGAAUCUUCAAUGGCUGCCUUAGAAAAAAAAAAAAUACCUGUAGAGGGAAAAGCCGGACCGAUUGAUCAUGGAUUGAACGGAGAGAGAGAGAGACAAAGACUUUUAACCUUCUGACUUCCUAAUUCUUACGUUUAUCAUUGGGGAUCGGAGGGCCGAAGAGGAAGGGGCGAACCCACCAACGGUUUGCGUGGGCUGAAAAGCUGCUUCCUCCCCCACCCGAGCAUUGACAAAAGGGGGUGUGUGUUUGAAACUUGGAGGCCGGGGGGGGGGGGCGGGUUUGUCUUGGAACGCUUCCUCCUUUUUUUAAAACAAAAAAAAAAUAAUUAUUUUUUAUUUGGGUGACUUUUGUGUAAUGGGAAGCGCUGUGCAUUCUUCAGCCUAAGGGAGGGGCCCCAGUAGAGGGUGGGUGGGUAAAAGAAGAAAAAGAAAGAAAAGAAAUGAGGGUGUAUGCUUGUAUGUGUGUUUGCACACCUCUUAUCUGUGUGUGUUUCUUUCCCUUCCUGGAUAUAUGUAGCAUUUCUGAAUUAUUCUUGACCUGUCUGAUCUCCCUUUAAGACCCCAUUGCUCUCUCCUGCCCCUACUCACUUCCAAGGAUGUUUUCCGCCACGGGGCAUUUUAAAGCAAUGUGACUCGUGCCAGGGGUGGGGGGGCUGGGACACCGAAACCCUCAAAUUUUUGGGGGGGAGGGGUUUCUCAAAACGAUGGAGGAGUGAGAGGGGAUAUGGAGUGGGGGACAUAGGGUAAAAGAAUACCUUAUUCCUAUCAUUUGAGGGCUUCCUCUCUUCGCAUUGUACAACGUGAAUGCAAGAUACUGCAAGGUUUUUUUAAAAGAAAAUUCUGUGCAUUAAAACGUAAGAGGGGAUCCGAUUUUGCCUGCUUUUUUUUUUUUUUUUUUUAAAGAACCACCGAAGUACGUUACGAGCUAGGCAGAGGGGAAAUAAGAUUUAAAACCUAUCAUUCUGUAGCACAGUGUUUCUCAAUCUUGGGGACUUUAAGUCCCAUGGACUUCAAGUUGCGAAGGUUAAGAAACACUACUGUAGCACCAUUAGGCAGCUAGAAAGGUGGGGUUUUUUUAUUAAAAAAAAAAGUUUGCGCUAUUUCUGUUUUUGCCAACUGCACCCAAAAAUCAACCCUAAUAUUUGGUCCCUUUGGUUCUCCCUGUGGCAGAAUGCUCACCUGGCCCCCUUUUGUGUUUACCUCAUCCAUGUGGGUAGCUGCCGAGAGGGUUUUUCAAUGCCUCUCUUUUUAGCCCCUAAAAAGGGCCUUCAUCCUUGAUCCUGCUUCCCGUAGCCUCCAUGAAGAGACCCAGGCUUUCUGUCCAUGCUCAGAGGCCAUUUUGCCCCAAGGCAUAUACAUUCACACGAAUCCAAACUGCACCCUCUGGUUACAGAGACCAAGUCCUUGUUCUCAUCCACUUUUUUUUUAAAGGUUUCUGUUUUUUUAUUUUUAAUUAAGGGACACAAAAGUAAUGUCUGGAAACUUAAAUGCUAGGGUGGUGUUUUUUUUUUAUUUUAAGUUGCUGAUUGACUUAUGAUCUGAGCCAGUAAUUUUUCAUAGGCAGUAGAAAUUAGUUCUCAUUCUUCUUUGCAGACCUAGCAACCACAAGUAUGUUUGUGGAUAUAUGUGUGUGUGUGUGUGUCUAAUUUGAGCUUCAAAGAAAAGAGAAUGUGGAGAAUAACUUGGGAUCAUCCAUAGAUCCAACUUUUGAAAUAAAAGAUUUAAUCUGCCAACUCCCAUUUCUGUGGAAACCUAAGGAGGGAGGGUCCCUGGCUAAGCAUCUCUGGGUCAUGACGUGAAUAUAAACACAUGUUUAUAAAAAUAUCACAGCUCUCCCUGAAAAAAACGAGGCCAGAGGUUGUAAUGGUGACUCAUAGCUCGAUCUUUGACCAAUCAUUUUUGACGACCACAUUUCCCAUGAAUUUCUUUCUAGGUUCCGCAACCUACAAUAAACUUAGAUUUAAACUUAGAUUUAUGAGAAGAAGAGGUCACAAUAACUUAGCUAGAUCUCUCUACGAGCAAAUAGGCAAUUCCUGACUUGCCCGGUGGCCAACAUCGUUGGGUGACUCAACCUUCUGGGUUGCGUUUUUUCACAAUUGACCAGGGAUGAAGCCUAGUACAAGUUCUCCAUCGCCUCUUCUGUUAAACAUCUGAGGCUUUUUUUUGAUCCAUCCAGCCAUCCAGGCUGAAGAGAAAGGCAAGGACUCCUUUUCCAACACAUGUUUUGGCUGCUUGAAAAGUUCAAAAGCUGGAAAAUCCCCCCUUUUUUCUUCUUCUUCAGCCUUCUGUUCCAUUUUGAGUUUUCAUUACGUUGUCCAAGUGGAUUUUGCAGACAUUAAAACACGGGAAAACCAUAGCGGGGGGG